AUGGCCAUGCCCAACACCAGCAACCGAGCAACGUUUCAGGCCCAGGCCUGGUACCUGAAGCGGUUGGAGCUUUACUCGAGGGAGAAGCCGUACAUGUUUGCAUUCGACGUAUCGUCACGCGGUGUGAACAACACGAACCACGAGUAUGAGGAGAGACUGGUUUCCAUGGCGGACAUGAGAGGGCGAGAAUCGCAAUUCCUCUUGGACAUCCAUGGCUUCGAAAUCCAACACCUUCCAACGGCCCUCCAGAACCAAGACUUUGACAAUGGAGAGAUUGUUCGGUCCACUUACUAUCCUGAGAUCGAAAGCCUGAUGCGCACCAAGUUCCCAAGCGCGUAUAAAAUACACAUAUUCUCGCACCUGGGGGGAAAGUUGGCCCGCCAAGUGACGCUGCUUAUUGCUGACAGGGACGUGGGAGGACUAGACUUCAGCCCACACGGUGCAUCACAACGCCUCGCGGCACUUGUCCAAGAGGACGAGGCGCUUCAAAAGUGCCGGUUGGAGAUUAUGAAGUAG